AGUAACACAGAGAUAACACUCCCAACAGUCCCAACAAGCAGCCUCUUUGAGUCGCCUGUGGCAUUUUGGUAUCCUUAUAUGUGUCAAACAAAUAAUAAGUGUUUAAAAAAUUGAUUGAGUGCAGACAUGAUAAGAUUGAUAAGCGUUCAUUUUGCACUUUACAAGAUCAUCGGAUUCUAAUCGUAAAUUAACUAAUUUUUUGUUGUGAUAGUUUUUCUUUUUAAUAAACCUUAUACCGAUGUAGUAUGUAUGUACAUACCUUGAAACAUAAUAUUAAUAAAAUAAGAAUCAAUGGGGGUAUCAAUAGAAAAUACUUGCCGCCUAUUCAUGAAAUACAUGGAAGCCUUACUUUUGAUUUUUGAUGGAUGAAAAUUAAAACUUAGAAAUGCAACACAGUUUAACACAUUGUUGCCCCAAAAAUGGCAGCAACAAAAUUCUACAUUUUUGUUCAAGAAGGUCUUUGUAUUUUAUAUUUGCUACUCUUAGAAUAUUAUUGAAUUUUGUUCCACAAACUGGAUAUAUUCAUCCAGAUGAAUUUUUUCAAUUUGUAGAAGUAGCUUCAGGUGAUGCUUUUGAUAUUGAUGUUUAUAAGCCAUGGGAAUUCAACAUUACAUUCCCUGUAAGAAGCUCAUUAUUCCCUCAACUAUGUGUCAGGCUACCUUAUUUUAUACUUGAAGGUCUCACACCAUACAGUGAAUACUUUUUUGGCAUAUCUCUGAAAACUCCAUACUUUCUAGUGCUUUUUCCACGUCUAAUGAUGACCAUUUUAUCAUUUGUAUCAGAUUACUGUUUAUUUAAAAUUUGUAUCAUAUUUCGAGAACCUUAUGUAGAUAGAUUAACAAUCUUUGCAAGCUCUUAUGUUAUAUUAAUAUACUCUUGUCGCACUUUUUCAAACUCAAUUGAAAUCAUAUUAACAUCAAUAUUAAUAUAUCACGUUUCUCGAUGUAUUGAAUUUUCUAACAAGGUUGUUCUCCAAAGUGAUUAUCUUGCAGAUAAAUAUUACAAAGCCAGAACUGGAGUAGAAAGAGCAAAGAUUUACAAACUCCGCAUGUCUUUGCCACCACAUUCUCUAAAUGACUGUCUACUGCUAGCAACAAUCACAGUUUUUGGCAUUUUUAACAGGCCUACUUUCAUAGCAUUUGCAUUCCCGCCAAUAUUCUUUUGGCUACAUAGAGGGCUUGGAUCCAAAACUGUUGGCUUUCUGGAUUUUCAUAUCAGAAUAUUUGUGUUUGUUAUUUUUUCAAUACCCACUGUCAUUAUAUUGAUCCUCUAUGACAGUUUAUACUUUGGGUAUUUAACAAUGGCAGAAGUUGGAAAAUUUGAAAUUAGUAUGAAUAAUUUUGUUGUUACUCCUCUUAAUUUUUUGAAAUAUAAUUCAAUCACAGACAAUCUGAAGAAUCAUGGCCUUCAUCCACGUUUUUUACAUUUUCUUGUUAACGUACCUUUAUUAUUUAAUGCACUUGGAGUUAUUGCUGUUCUGACUAUUGUAAAAAUGGUGAAUAGUGGUCUAAGAGGUAGGUGGCUGGAGCUACCACGUAUACAAAAUAUCGAAAGUUUGAUGGUUUCUUCAUUUGCGGUUCCUAUUGCAUUGCUUUCGAUUUUUCCUCAUCAAGAACCAAGAUUUAUUUUACCUGUGAUUUUACCGUUAAUAUUUUUGUUUUCUCACUACAUCAAGUGUCCUGAAGUUGGUGCUGUGAAUGUUGCGAAUAAGAAAAAACCUAUGCCAUCCAAACUAGUCAAAGAAAAUAAAUUUGGUUUAAAAGGUGUUUGGUAUCUGUGUAAUGCUAUUCUGGUGAUAUUCUAUGGUUUUGUACAUCAAGGAGGUGUUUUAACAUUAACAUCUCAUUUAUUCAAGGAAUUGAAAGCAAAACCUUAUCUUAUGCAUAUUCACUUAUUUACUUCUCAUACUUAUCCAGUACCAACCGGUAUUCUUCAUUUGAGAAAUACUAAAAGGACUUAUACCAGUGAUUCAGGGCACAAGUACACUCUUACCAAAGAUUUCAAUAUCUAUGAAUUAGGUUCAAAAACUGUUGAUACGAUAUAUGAUAGAAUUUCAUCAGCUAUUGAAGAAUGUGAAAAGGAUUUACAUUUUAAACGAGUUCCUUAUAGACUGUAUUAUGCUUUACCAUACAGUUUGUAUAAUGAAUUUGCAGAUUAUGUACUAAAUAAUGAAACGCAAUCUUUUAAAUUCAAUCUAGUAAAGUCGUUUUAUCCUCAUGUUUCAAUGGAAAAACUGCCAGAGCUUGCAGCUUUUUGGGAUUGCUUAAGUAUGAAUACUCUGCAAGAUUGCUCAUUAAACUUUAUAGACAAUGUAUCGGAAAAUAUUUUAAACUAUUUAAGACAGUUUACUCUGGUACUACUACAAAUUGAAUAUAAAAAUAAAAGUUGAUUUAAAGUUUCUUUGACUUUUAAAACUACUGUUCUACAGUCUGUUUCAAAAAGUUUUUGAAAAAUCUUAAAUUCUCUUGAAAUGCAUUAUAUUCCACAAGAAUCACAUUUUAUAAGUAAUUCUUAAAAUAAAAUUCGUUAGCUUUUCUAUGAGGCGAUUUUUUAAAAACGUUGUUAGCACACUUUUAGGGUUGAAAAAUGCUAUUGCAUUGAAAUGCUAAGUGUUAUCAAAUUUUAUACAAAUCCAAAGCUAUAGCAAUAAGUGAUGUAUAAUGAAAGCGUAAUUAGUACUUUUAUUACAGUGGUUUUUAUAUUUGAAGUAGAAUUCGACUUAUGUAAUAUAAAUUUUCCUUCUUAAAAAAUAUCGUUUAAUGCAGCAUAUAGAUGACAACAAUAUUAUAUUGUAAAGUUUGUAAAUAUAGAAUGCUUCAUAUUGUAAAUACCAAUUUGCAAUAAAUAUGAAAAGGACAAGAGCCUGUAUAUGUUUACUAAAUAAAUAAGUAAAUAACAACAAUAAA